AUGCCCCGGCUCCCCUCGUUGUUCCAUUUCAGCCAGGCCUCCGAGCCCGUAGGUGUCGAGGCCCUGUAUGAUGACCUGGUCAAGAUCAAACAGGAUCUUUCGAGUUUGAACCACCGGAACUUCGAGCUCCGUAAUAAGCUCAACAACUAUGACAAGCGGAUUGGCUUCCUUGUCCGCGGUUAUCGUGGGGGAGACGAGCUGGACUUCCAGCGUCAGCUGGAUGAUGAGCCUGCCAUGCAGGGCUUCUCGGACCCGGAGCUCCACGACAACUAUGCCAAGCUUUUCUACAUGUUCCAGACAAAUCCCCAGCUGUUGGGCAUUCUCACGCGGGCCAUCUCCACUGCCGAGGUGGAUCCCUUUUUGCAGACGAUGCUCUUCACGAUUUUCGGCCACCAGUAUGAAACCCGCGAGGAGAGUCUUCUGCUGCUGAUUAUCCAGGUUGUCCUUCGGAAUGAGUUCAACGAUGCUUCCGAGCAGCAGACCAAUUCCAUCCUGCGCGCCAACACCAAUGCCUCGCGUGUCCUCUCCACAUACACCCGUCGCGGCCCUGGUCAGUCAUAUCUUCAGUCGCUCCUCUCGGCCCCGAUCUCGGAGCUCGUGCGCGAAAACGCCGACCUGGAAAUCAACCCCACCAAGCUUUUUGCAUCCAACCCCAACCUCCCCCCGACUGAGGGCUUCUCCGGAGACAAUGCCCACCUGGACCCGGUUCUCCAGCCGAUCCUCCAGCCACGUCUCAACCGGCUGUGCUUCUGGAUUGACACCUUCAUCAAUGCCAUCCUCGAGUCGCUGGCCACCGUUCCCUUUGGGCUGCGGUGGAUCUGCAAGCAGAUCAUGCUCCUGACGAAGGAGCGCUUCCCCUCCGAGUCGGAUGAGCUUUUCCUCUCGCUGGUGGGUGGGUUCUACAUGCUGCGUUUUGUCAACCCGGCCAUUGUCACCCCGAGCGCGUACAUGCAUCUUUCGGAGAGCGUGCGCUCGGUCAAUGCCAAGCGCUCUCUGACCUUGAUCGCCAAGGUCAUCCAGAGCAUCACCAACCAGGUCCUCCAGUCCAAGGAGACAUACAUGUCGCCGCUCAACGAGCAUCUCUCCAAACACCGCAAGGCCAUGGUCAACUUCUAUCGGAACCUCUGUGUGGCCGAGGACAUCCAGCCACACCAUCUCUAUCUGAGCAGCCCCCACACGGCUACCCUGUCGAUUACCAUCAACGAGGUGUACAUGAUGCAUGGGCUGAUUGUCAAAUAUCGCGAUGCCAUCCCCCUGGCCGAGGAUGACCCGCUGCACGCGGUGCUCAAGGCCCUGGGCGAGCCGCCGGCUGCCCUGGCUCGGGCCAAAAACUUCACCACCAAGCUCAAGCUCCCGAUCCCCACCGACAUCGACACGGCCGUGCAGCCGACACACACCGCGGUCAAUCUCUAUGACGAGGUUCGCUCGCUGCUGGUGAAGAUCGUCCGCUAUGCCGACCGGCCCUUCUCCGAUGAGUUGGUCUCGUCUGGCAUUUACUCCAUCCUGCUCUUUGGGUCGAAUGUCCAAGUGCACAAGGAGAUCCCCGAGGUGACGGCCAUUGCCCGGGUCAAGCUCAGCCAGCUGUUGACCGAGGGCCCGCGGACAGCCGAGGAGAUCUACCGGCAGCUGGUGGCCGACAUCCAGUCCGACAUGGACGAGCUGAACCGCAUUCGCAAGGAGAUGGAGACCGAGUAUUCGGCGCUGGAAAAGAUGUACCGCUUCCAUGCGGACUUUUACGCGCAUAUCGAGGCCCAAAUCAAGUCCUACGAAGAUGUCCUGACCAAUGUGUCACAGCCGAUUGUCCAGCCAGCCCCGCACAAGUUUUCCCAUGUGGACUUCGAGCGCGAGAAGAUCAUUGCCUCCAGCACGGUCCCCGAGUAUCGCAAGGGCAACACCUACUUCGAGCUUUGCUCCGCCGAAAAGGGGUCCUUCAUGGUGACCCUCAUGUACAAGGGCCGGCCGACGCCUCUGUGCUCGGUGGAGGUCCACCCGGAGCAACUUCUUCGCAUGCACAAGUCCGCCGAGCUGGUCUCCCUGACCUUUGCUGAGCUCUUCCCCGAUCGGCUAUAUGCUCUCAUCCAGAAGACCCUGUCCAAGCGCUAGACUCAGCUUCCGCAAUGUUCUCCCCCUCCUCCCCCUCCUCCCUCUCCUUGCCAAGGCGCAGGCGCCUCGCUCCGCGCGCGCGCGCUGUGGCCGCGCGUUGCCCAUAUCCCACUAUCUAUA